GGCAUAUUGUACUACAAUAUUGCUCUCCCUCUCCUCUUCGUCUUUAUAACCAUGCACUACUAAAGCUCAAGUGGCUCUGGAACUGCAUUCUUGAUUCCUGUGUGUAGGUGAUACAUCUGUGCAUGUGAGAGAGAGAGAGAGAGAGAGAGAGGAGGAGGAGGGAGAUAUGGGGCACCACUCCUGCUGCAACAAGCAGAAGGUCAGGAGGGGCCUGUGGUCACCGGAGGAAGACGAGAGGCUCAUCAAGUAUAUCACCACGCACGGCCAUGGCUGCUGGAGCUCAGUCCCAAGACAAGCUGGGCUGCAGAGGUGUGGCAAGAGCUGCAGGCUGCGGUGGAUCAACUACCUGAGGCCGGACUUGAAGAGGGGAAGCUUCUCGCAGCAGGAGGAGGCCCUCAUCAUUGAGCUCCACAGGGUGCUAGGGAACAGGUGGGCCCAGAUUGCCAAGCACCUACCUGGAAGAACAGACAAUGAGGUGAAGAAUUUCUGGAACUCCACCAUCAAGAAGAAGCUCAUCUCUCAGGCUGUGGGCAGCCUCCACCCCGGCAACAUCCCUUACCCUGCAGACUUGUACUGCAACAUCCUGGAUGGCGCAGGCCAGGGCAUCGCAGCCGCAGGAUGCGCGUCACUGCACGGGCCGGACAAUGGAUCAGCUCAAGCAGUGAGUAUGCAGUCCCCUCCUUCUUCCAUGGUGCACGACCACGCGGCAUGGGCGGAUUUCGGCUCUCAGCCCCUCUUCCUCCCCGACCACGGCGUCCACGGCGGCGGGGAUCUCCAGUACGCCGUCGACGGGGAGUUCAUCAAGCUGUGCCGUGCUGCGGAUGCUUACCCACCGGGGCAGAACGGCGCCGGCAUCUCAAGCCAGUGCAAGCCAGCCGAUCUCGUGGCUCAAGAAGAAGGCGCCGCGGUCUGGAGCCUCCCGGUGUUUCUUGAACCCAAUGGCGCCGGCAAUUUCGUGGCCGAGCCGGCCAUGGGUCCGGUGGUGGACUUCAUGGAAGCCAUCCUGGGGUCGUCGUCGACUUCGGCGGCCAGUGCUUCGUCUAUCGACAGCUUCUCGGCGAACACCAGCAUGCAGCCUCAUUGCUGGAUUCCCUGAAUGUUUGGGGUACUUAAAUAGAAAAUUUAUAAAAUAAUAUAUACUUAUGUUUCUCUCAGGGUAGCAAUCACAUAAGUCACAUGUAAAUAUGUUACAUAUAUAAUUUGUAGGGACGGUAAGUAUAUAACCGGGUGUCAGUCAUGUGCCAGGAUGGAGUACUUGAAACUUCUGAACAGCCAUAGUAUACAUGUACUUGAAUAUUUGUUGCUAACGACUCUUAUUGAUGAAG